CAGGAUCCAGCCGAGGAGGAAGGAGCGAGAGCCCGAGACGCGCCGGUCGCGAUUUUCUUCCCAACGCCAGGCGGAAACCUCCCCCCCCCCACAUUUGUUUUUCCUCGUUUUUUCCCCCUUCCCUCCUUCCCGGGCCGCUCGGGACCUGCGCGAGGCUCCCUCGCCUUGGCCAAGGCGUCGCUAGUUUUCCGGCUCCUGCUUCCGCUGCAAGAAGUCGAAGGGUUUGUGGAAACUUGAGAGCAGUUUUUUCCCCCCGUCUGUCUGUUUUUUUUUUGGUUGUUUUGUUUCUUAGAGAGAGGGAAAAAAUGGGUUGCUGAUGUUUGGCCAGGUUCCCUGCACCAUAAUGAGCUCCAAGGCGGGGUUACCACUCGGCAGCAUGGACUAGAGGGGAACUGCCGCAGCAUUACAUGCAGUCACCUAGCCAGCUGUUCUCCAUAUGAAAAACAGCCCUGCAACAGUGUGUUUCCAAAACUAACCAUGUAUUCCCCAUACUGCCUGACCCAGGAUGAAUUCCACCCUUUCAUCGAAGCUCUCCUCCCUCAUGUGCGUGCCUUCUCCUACACAUGGUUCAACCUGCAAGCUCGGAAGCGAAAGUACUUCAAGAAGCACGAGAAGCGGAUGUCCAAGGACGAGGAGCGCGCCGUGAAGGACGAGCUGUUGGGGGAAAAACCGGAGAUCAAGCAGAAAUGGGCAUCGCGGUUACUGGCCAAACUCCGCAAAGACAUCCGUCCCGAGUUCCGGGAGGAUUUUGUCCUGACCAUCACCGGUAAGAAAGCCCCCUGCUGCGUCCUCUCCAACCCGGACCAGAAGGGCAAAAUCCGCAGGAUUGACUGCCUGAGGCAGGCCGACAAGGUUUGGAGACUGGAUCUUGUAAUGGUCAUCUUAUUCAAAGGGAUCCCGCUCGAAAGUACUGACGGGGAGCGGUUGUACAAAUCGCCACAGUGCUCCAACCCCGGCCUCUGCGUCCAGCCGCACCACAUUGGAGUCACAAUUAAAGAACUGGAUCUUUACUUGGCGUAUUUUGUUCACACUCCUGACUUGGAAGGAUUUGACUUUUAUCAGCAAGUGUCGGUAAGCGUCGAUUUCGCAGAAAAAAUGUUUCUGUCGACGAUCCUCGAAAUUGGCAGCGAGGCCAAGUACGAGGACGGCUGCCAACACGCACUGUGCACAGAGCAAGGGUCUGCCAAAGUCAGCAGCCAGUUCGGCCUCCCAGGGCCAGAUCCUCAGCGGGCGCGUGUCCAGGAGGAAGGGGAGGGAGACAUCUCGGAGGGGCGUCCCUGCCGACAGCCAAAGCUGAACUGGCUCAGCGUGGUCUUGUCCAAGGAGCACCGUGGGCUGGAUCUGGGGAGGGUGGAGUGA